AUGGAGAAGAAUGAGGAGGCAUUCUUUCAAAAAUGUGAUCCAGGUAUGCGGUCCCUACACCUAUAUGGUGGCACAGACCGGAGCUGGGAGGUCAAACCACCAACGUUGAAGCUGCGAGCACCGACGCCGCCUGAGCCAACACUCGACAUCAGCAUAUGGAGGGACACGAUGGAAUGA